CGGACUAAUCCACUGAUCUCGCUCUUUCACCCGGAAGUGGUCAAACGCUCAUAUGUGCCUUUACAAUCAUUAUUACCUUAAAAUCUUAACUUUUUGGACGUAAUAUGUGGUUAAAUAUUUAGAAGAAAUUUAACGAAUGUACAAUGUCAGGUCGCAAACGAAGCCGAGAGCACCACGAGGACAGACAUGAACGAAAGAAACACAAGGAGUCAAAACAAGAUGAAGACAAAUACCAAAACCAAACCAGAAAACUGAUUCAUGAGGUGCAGAAACUCAAGCAUGUGGAGACGUUCUAUGAAAAUCCUCCCCCUGGGUACAUAAAGGAAGAGGAUGACAGACCAGAGGACUGUAUUCCUGAUACCCCUGGUAAUGAGGACGCCAGGAGCUUUUUGGCUCAAGCUCCCACCAAAGGACUGUGGAUGCCUCUUGGGAAGGAGGUGAAGGUCAUGCAGUGCUGGAGAUGUAAGAGGUACGGCCACAGAACAGGAGACAGAGAAUGUCCUUUCUUUAUCAAAGGCAACCAGAAACUGGAGCAGUUCAGAGUGGCACAUGAGGAUCCAAUGUACGAUAUCAUCCGUGAAAACAAACGCAAUGAAAAAGAGACUAGGAUCCAGCAGUUGAAACAGCUGCUUCAAGACACCACCUCCGACUCGGACUCCACCUCAUCUUCCUCUGCCUCCUCCGAUCACACUCGGAAGAAGAAGAAGAAGAAAAAAGAGAAGAGGAACAAAGAAAAGAAGAAACACAAGAAGAAAAAGAAGAAGCACAAGGCCAAGGCUAGCGAUGACUCAGAUACAGAUUGAAACAAGGCGAUUGGUCUGGGCGUCUCAGUGCUCAUCAAAGAAGCUCAUAAGGUCUGCAGUGGUGCGUCAGCCCUAUCAAAUAUACACAGGAGACUUCCCAUCAGUUCCCCAGGCCAUCUUCAGAUCUGCUUAAUAAUGCAUGGAUGCAUUUAAUCCCCUCUGUCGCAUUGGAAUGCUUAGGAUAUGUGCAUCUCUAUCAGAUUUCCUAUAGCUGGUCCUUAUCAGACUGUUAACUUGUUUGUAGAGAACGCUUUCUGAAUGUAUGUCGAUUUACAUUUUGCGAAUGUGUCAUUGUGAAAAUAAGCUUAUAAAACAUGCCAUCUGCUGUCGUGAACAGUGACGUUCAUAAGUGUCAUGUAAAUAAAUCAAUGACUAUGGCUUUUUAGCCUUUGCAACUACUUUUUAUGGUAAUCUGAUAUUUUUUUUUAAAGGGAUGUGGGCAUUUAUAGGUUCUUCUCACUCAAAUUACAUGUGUGAAUUCAUAUCCUCUAUUUCCAUGGAAGUGUUUGUGGCUUCUGCAUCUGGCUGUGGUACGUAAGCGCAGCCAAUUAGCACCUCUUGAAUGGCUGACAAUGGUUUGCACAUCAUUCACAUCACGAGAGAGGCAGAUCGAGACGGGAGAAGAUGCUUUUGCUUUGAUCUCGUCACUCAUCGCUGAAAUCCGGAGUCCCGCGGUUGCCGUUGGAGUGCAUGUACCAUUUUGUAUCAAGAUAAAUAGUGCAUCACAUCAUCAAAGGAGCUCUUUACAAUGCUGCUUCAAUUAGGGACUAUUUAAAUGUAUGCUCUUUCAAAAGACAAGAAAACAAUAUUGAAUUAUUCGCAAAUGUUCAUUUCAAUAAUACAGAUAUUAAAUAAACUUAAUGCAGUCUAUGACUGUCUAUGAAGUCGUUAGCUUGCUCUCAUCUUCAGAAUGUGUUUGUACAGGUAAUAAAAACUG